GCAACAGUUUCUUUGAUCGAUACCUUUCAAGCUUGUUCCAAAAAAGUUUUUUUAUCAUGAUAUCUAAGGUUACUCCUUGGGUGGUUUUGAUGGCAUUUGUGUCAUGUAUAGUGAUGAGUGAGAGUGGUAAUGACGUUGGGGAUAGCAAGAGGAGACAUGUAGUAGUGGUUAAUCCUUCACAUAAAUCUUCGAAAAUUUCACAUCCUGGUUCAGACGUUAUUGUCAUUGGGCACGGUGAAGAGAGUGGGGAUGAGGAAGAUAUAGACAAAGAAACUAUUUCGACCUUAUCAAACAAUAUCCUAUCAACCACUAAUCUUGUGCACUCUCAGUCACAACUGAUCGAAAAUCUGGGCAAUCAGCUCCAAAAACUACAUCAUUCAUUAAACGCACAAAAUGGAAAAAUAACAAGCGAUAUCCAGUUAACUAGAGAGGAAUUGAUGGAAGUCAACGAGAAGGUACGCAACGCGACCAACCUGGCAAAUGUCAUGGUUUUAAUGUGGAGUAAAUCGGAAAAAAAAUUGGUCAAAAUUGUCGACAAACUGGAAAAUAAGAUAGCCGAGGAGAAAGCUGUAGCUGAUAGAAACAACAAGAUGUGGGAAGAGAGACUUAAAUCUUUAGAGAAAAAGUUGGGAAGAUUGCAAAUUGAUACUGAUAACGCACGACGAUUGGCUGCUUCCAAGAGAUCACGUUGGCCUCGGGGUCGAUACUGCAUAUUAGCCAAUGGAGCAUGUCCGGCCGGGUUUUAUAGACAACGUGGAUUCCUGAAAACAAUAUAUAUGUAUAGUAGCAGCGGGGACUAUAUCAAGAGCAUGCGCAUGGGUAGCAGUUAUAUUGGUUGCUAUGGGCAACAUUGUGGUCAAUAUGGACACUAUGCCACCAUCAAUAUUGCGACUUGCUGCAAGUGAUUAAUCUCUGCCAAUAUGAAUAGUCAUAGAUACGUGUAAAUCAUGUAGAUAUAUAAACCAUCUGUACACAGUUCUCAUAAUAGCCCACUUCCGAGAUAUGCUUUACUUGUCACGCACAAAGGUUUMAGGAUGAGGCUACGUGCUAAAUGCUCAGUCAUUUGUGACAGGYGGUUAGAAUAAAUUUAAUUUAGAACCUAGCCUCAUACUGAAACCUUUGUGCGUGACGAGUGAAGUAUAUCUCGGAGGUAGGCUAUUCUUAAAAGUAGCCGCCAUCUUGAUUGAGUGUAAAAUAUGUGAUAGAGAAAAUAGAUUGCGUAUGACUAUUAGAAAGCCGCUGAAGGCUGGAAAUGCCGUGACCGACACGGUGUCGAGCCAAGUAUCCCGAUUGGAUAAACAGUCAUUUCGUUUGCUGUCAGUAAUUGGUUAAAAAUGAAAUUGGUACCGUGACCGUUACGGUGUUGCUUCAAACAUCCUGAUAGGUUCAUUAUCCAGUGAUUUCGCGUACUAUGAAUGGUUCAACGAAUGUUUUGGUCAGACGAAAUCUAACCUAUCUAGGUUGUUUGCGUUGUAUUCUGUAGAAAUACCUGGCUUCGUGCCAUACUAUGGCGAAGCAAAAUGAACCUGGAACAGGGAGUCCAUUAGAAAAUAGUUGUCAAUGGAUACAA